AUGUUCAAAUCCGCCUCUGUAGAUCCAUCCUCCGUUGCGAGCGUGACAAUAGGAACCACUCACUUUGUCAAUGCUGUAGUGACCCGUGAUAGGAUGCGCCUCUCACAAGUCGCGGUAAUCCGUCUUUCCGGACCUUUCAGCAAACAUGCACCGCCAUGUGUCGACUGGCCAGCUUCUCUGCGGAACAUCAUCCUUGGGCAUUACGCUCUCAUCAAGGGAGGCCUAGAAGUAGAUGGCAGUGUGAUAUCUGAUAUUAAAGAGCAGGACAUUGUGGAGCAAUGCAGCCUUAUCAAAGAGAAGGGAAUCAGAAGUAUAGUAGUGAACGGCGUCUUCAGUCCUAUCGAUACAGUAGAGAAGCAAGAAGAGCGUGCUGCCGACAUCAUCAAGCGCGAACUAGGAGAAAAGGUUGAUAUAGUUCUCAGCAAGACUGUCGCCAACCUCGGAUUCCUAGAGCGAGAGAACGCCGCGAUAUUGAAUGCCUCAAUCCUAUCCUUUGCAAGAAAGACGAUAGCAUCAUUUCAGACACCAAUUAAGGAGCUCGGACUUAGCUGCCCUGUCUUCAUUACUCAGAAUGAUGGCACGAUACUAAGUGGCGAGGCGGCAAGUCGGCUGCCCAUCCGAACUUUCUCAUCUGGCCCAACAAACAGUAUGCGAGGCGCUGCUUUCCUUGUCGGAAGGCAGGAAGACGGCGAGGCAAUGAUGGUUGUUGACAUUGGUGGAACAACCACUGAUGUGGGCUUGUUGCUCGCAAACGGCUUUCCCAGGCAGCAAGCCGCAUACUCGGAGCUUUCUGGAGUUAGAAUGAAUUUUUCAUAUCCCGAUGUAAAGAGUAUAGGACUAGGAGGCGGUAGCUUGGUACGAAGAGUUGGAAAGAGAAUGCAAGUAGGACCAGAGUCAGUAGGGUACAAGCUGCCAGAAAAGGCGCUUGUCUUUGGCGGCGACGUGCCUACGGCAACUGACUACACUGUCGCGGCCUCCUCUGAUGUUGCAAUAGGACAUCCAGAAAAGGUGCGAGCGAAGCUGCAGGAAGACGACAUACAAGCAUUUAAAGCCGAGACGAAGAGCAUGCUUGAGAAUAUCAUUGACAAGAUGAAGACAUCACCUGAUGAUCUCCCCGUUCUGCUCGUCGGCGGUGGUGCGGUGAUAGCUCCAGAUGAGCUGAAGGGAGCGAGUAGAGUAAUCAAACCUCAAUGGUCGGGUGUAGCCAACGCUAUUGGUGCUGCGAUGGCGCGUGUAAGCGCCGUCAUCGAUACUGUCAAGUCAACUGAGAAGCAGACCCAGAAAGAACUACUAGCUGAGAUAUGCGAGGAAGCUAAACAGAAGACCAUCGAGGCAGGUGCCUCAGCGGAAACGGUUUCCAUCGUUGAGGUAGAAGAUCUUCCGUUGCAGUAUGUCGCUAACAAAACGCGUUUUAUGGUCAGAGCUGCGGGAGAUUUUGACUUCUCACGGGCAGGAGAUUUUGCGGAUCUGAAUGUCACUAAGGAGGGAGACACUGUAGAGACUGGGUUAGAACACGCAAGCGAUGCCAUCGCAGCGCCUUCGAGCGAGGAUGCAGCUAACGAAGUUGACGCAACACCAGAAGUUGACAUUACUGCGUAUAAGCCUAGAGUAGUUAACCGGGAGUGGUGGGUAUCAGAGACCGAUCUAGACUGGAUUACCAUCGGUUGCUACAUCCUAGGCACCGGUGGAGGAGGCUCUCCGUACUCUACUAUGCUCCGGGUACGCGGCAUUCUACGAUCUGGUGGAAGUGUUCGCGUCGUGAGUCCAGACGAUCUCAAAGACGACGCGCGAGUAGGAAGUGGCGGUGGUGCUGGCAGCCCAACAGUCGGUAUCGAGAAGCUCUCCGCUGAUGAAAUGAUGGAUGCUCAAAAUCACCUAUAUGAUCUCAUCAAGGGCGGCUACGCGACGCACAUCAUACCCCUAGAGAUCGGCGGCUCGAACGGUUUGCAAGGCCUCGUCUUGGGUGCUUCGACCAACAUGAAUGUACCAUGCGUAGACGGUGACUGGAUGGGCCGAGCAUAUCCAACUAAAUGGCAAACAACACCCGUCGUAUUUGGCGAGCGAGAAAUCGUCUUCGCGCCAGUCGCAGUGGCCGAUGGCAACGGUAAUACGCUAUAUAUGCCCACUGCAACGAGUGACUUGAAGGUCGAACAAGUCAUUAGAGCAGCAUUGAGUCAGAUGGGAAGCGCUGUCGGAACAGCUGAUGCACCGGUUACGGGCUCCGAGACAAGACGAUGGGCUGUCGAACACACAAUCUCGCUGUCCUGGAGGAUAGGAAGAGAGGUAGCACGCGCGCGCAAAGAGAACAGAAUCGACAAUGUGGCGCAAUCAAUCAUCGACGCGGUCGGAGGCGCUGAAACAGGUCGCGCGCUUUUCAAAGGGAAGAUCGUCGGCGUAGAGCGCAAACUGUACAUGGGCCACGUGUAUGGUGAAGUGAUCGUAGAAGGCACCGGAAGCGAGUAUCAAGGCAAGAUCAAGAUACCCUUCAAGAACGAGAACAUUGCUGCGAUUCGGAUACCGGAUGGCGGAGAAAGUAAGACUGGUGAGGAGAAGAAUGAAGACGUACUCGCCAUUGUGCCUGACCUUGUUGCGGUCAUCGAUGCGCAAAAUGGCGAGGCUAUUGGAACGCCAGAGUAUCGUUACGGACUGCUAGUCUCAGUGAUUGGUAUCACUGCAAGUGAGCGCUGGACUAGUCCGAAAGGGAUUGAGAUUGGGGGGCCGAAGGCAUUUGGAUUGGACCACUUGAAGUACAAACCUCUGGGAAAGUUUGUGAAACCUGUCAGCGUUAUUGACGAGUAUGACAGAAAGCAAUGA